AGUGUAUUAAUUUAUUCGAAGAAUCCCAGAAGGCCUUCCUACCUACUUCUUACGCGACACCCUUCGCAUUGCCAACACUCCCACCUCUCCAGUAAACUUUUCUCUAGCCAUGGUUAAUGUAAGCGACGCCGCCUCAUCUUCCCACCGGACUCAGUCUCCGGACAAUGGCGAUGAAGAACUUCCGGUUUCCGCGACUCCAGAGAAGGAUCCCAGAAGAAUCGCCCGGAAGUACCAGAUAGAUCUUUGUCAGAAGGCAUUAAAGGAGAAUGUUGUUGUCUAUUUGGAAACUGGUUGUGGAAAAACCCAUAUUGCCAUUCUACUUAUUUAUGAGAUGGGACACCGAAUUAAGAAGCCUCAGAAAAACAUAUGCAUUUUUCUGGCUCCCACCGUUGCCUUAGUUCAACAGCAAGCCAAAGUCAUAGAAGGUUCUACAGAUUUCAAAGUUGGGACCUGUUGUGGAAAUUCACCACACUUAAAGACCCGGUAUGACUGGGAAAAGGAAAUUGAAGAAUUUGAGGUCCUUGUAAUGACACCUCAGAUAUUGCUUCAUUGUCUUUCACAUUGCUUUAUUAAGAUUGAGUUGGUUGCACUUCUGAUAUUUGAUGAGUGCCAUUAUGCCCAACUUGAAAGCAACCAUCCUUAUGCUGAAAUCAUGAAGAUCUUCUACACAAUGGAGGCUGCUCAACUUCCUCGUAUUUUUGGCAUGACUGCAUCUCCGAAGCUUGGCAAAGGUGGAUCAAUUGAUGGUCUUGAGACGUUGUUGCGCGCCAAGGUUUAUUCUGUUGAAGAUAAAGAUGAACUGGAGAAAUUUGUGACAUCCCCCAAAGUAAAUAUAUAUUAUUAUGGUGCAAUAAAAGAUGGAAGUUCUCCCCCUCACAUGAUUUAUACAAAAAAGCUAGAAGAGAUAAAGCACCAGUGCAUAUCAGAAAUUUGGAUGAAUUCACUUGAUCAUAGCACUCUCAGGAACACCAAAAAGCUGCUUCAGAAUCUGCAUUGUAAUUUAAUAUUUUGUCUGGAAAACCUUGGAGUGUGGGGUGCAUUCCAGGCCAGCUCCAUCUUAUUAAAGGGAGAUCAUUAUGAAACAACUGAACUAGUGGAGUCAGAAGAUAUAUGCAGUGAUGGAAAUUUAUGCAACAAAUACUUGCAGCAGGCUGCUUCAAUCCUUGAUUCUAAUUACCCAUCAAGUUGUAUGGAGGCUGAUUUGUCACAUGUCUUGAAGGAACCUUACUUUUCAAGAAAGCUCUUACGACUUAUCGAUAUUUUAUCAGGAUUUAGGUUGCAGCCAAAUAUGAAAUGUAUAAUUUUUGUCAAUAGGAUUAUUACUGCAAGAUCCCUCUCGCAUAUACUUGGAUCUCUAAAGAUUUUAUCAUCUUGGAAGUGCGGUUAUCUUGUAGGAGUUCAUUCUAAGCUUGUGUCACGUAAAAAUACCAACAUUAUUCUUGAGAAGUUUCGAUCUGGGCAGCUUAAUCUUUUAGUUGCUACAAAAGUGGGUGAAGAGGGACUCGAUAUUCAAACCUGUUGCCUAGUCAUACGAUUUGAUCUCCCAGAAACAGUUGCAAGUUUUAUUCAAUCUAGAGGCCGCGCCCGAAUGCCACAAUCUGAAUAUGCUUUUUUGGUGGACAGGGGCAACCAUAGGGAACUCAAUUUGAUCGAACACUUUAAGAAAGAUGAAGCUCAGAUGAAUGAAGAAAUUUCCUUGAGGAAAUCUAAUCUUCCAAUGAAGGAGUUUGAUGAAAGAACCUAUAAAGUGGAUGCUACUGGGGCAACUAUUAGUUCUGUUCUGAGUAUUUCAUUGCUGCAUCACUAUUGUUCAAAGCUUCCUCAUGAUGAGUAUUUUAAUCCAAAGCCCCAAUUUUUCUACUAUGAUGGUGUAGAUGGAAUGGUCUGCCAGAUAAUUCUUCCAGCUAAUGCUCCAAUUCAUCAAGUUGUUAGCACCCCACAAUCUUCAAUUGAGGCUGCUAAAAGAGAGGCUUGCUUGAAAGCAUGCAAGGAAUUACAUGAAGUUGGGGCAUUGACUGAUUAUCUCUUGCCAGGGCAAAGUGGAACUUAUGAAGAAUCAGAUGAGGACUUAACUGAUUCCUUCACAACUGAUGGGGAGCAGUCACGGGCAGAACUACAUGAGAUGCUCGUUCCUUCAGCACUUCGGAAACCAUGGGUUGGAGUUGGAGAUAGUACUUCAUUCACUUCCUAUUAUGUCAAGUUUUCUCCUAAUCCAGCAGAUAGGACCUAUAGAAGGUUUGGUCUUUUUCUGAAAGAGCCCCUCCCUGAAGAAGCUGGGAAAAUGAAAGUUGACCUUUGUUUAGCCCGUGGUAGAACGGUGAUGACACAGCUUGUUGGAUUUGGAGAAAUUGAAUUCAAUAAAGAUGAGAUUGCUGCAGCAGAGAUGUUCCAAAAAAUGUGUCUGAAUAUUAUUCUUGAUCGGCAUAUGUUUGUUUCAGAAUAUGUUUCUCUAGAAAAUGAUGAUGCCUAUGAAUCAAGUUCAUCUUCAUUCUAUUUGUUGCUUCCUGUGGUUCCACAUGAGUAUAACAAGAUCUCUGUUGAUUGGACACUAGUCAAGAGAUGUUUGUCAUCCCCAAUAUUCAGAAACACAGGUUUUGUUGCAACUGGUGCAACUUCUCAACUGAAAAACCACUUGCAUCUUGCCAAUGGACUAAAAAGUAGAGAAGAUGUUGUGAACAGUUUGGUCUAUGUGCCGUGCAAAGACACAUUUUUCUUCAUUUCUGAUAUUUCUCCACAUGAAAAUGGAUAUAGCUUAUAUGAUGAUACAAAAAGCCAUGUGGAGCACUACACUGAAGUGUUCAAUGUGCAUCUUGCAUAUCCCAAUCAACCCCUUCUGAAAGCCAAGCAACUUUUUGUUUUGGACAACUUACUGAGAAAGAGAAAACACUCAGAGUGGCGAGAAAAACUGGAACAUUUCAUUGAAUUGCCUCCCGAGAUUUGUCAGUUGAAAGUUAUUGGUUUUUCUAAAGAUAUUGGAAGUUCAUUGUCCCUGUUACCAUCGAUCAUGCAUCGGCUUGAAAGCUUUUUGGUGGCAGUUGAAUUAAAGGACCGAUUUAUUGCAUCUUUUCCCGAGGGAGCAGAAGUUUCCACUGAUCGUAUUCUUGAAGCUCUCACAACGGAAAGAUGUGGUGAACACUUUUCUUUUGAAAGACUGGAAGUGCUUGGAGAUGCAUUUCUCAAGUUUGUGGUUGGUAGGCAUCUUUUCCUCAAGCAUGCCUCAUUAGAUGAAGGACAACUGACUGGAAAGCGUUCCAACAUUGUCAACAACUCUAAUUUACUCAAGUUGGCCUUGAAGAAAAGUUUACAGAUGUACAUACGAGAUCAAUCAUUUGAAGCUGACCAAUUCUUUGCAUUUGGUCGCCGCUGUCCUUUGAGCUGCACGGCUGAAACUUCAGACGGCAUCCACUCUCAAUGUUAUGACAAGAAAUAUUGUGGAAACUACGAAGUUAAAUGUGACAAAAAUCAUCACUGGUUGCAUAACAAAACAGUUGCAGAUGUUGUUGAGGCGCUUGUUGGUGCUUUCAUAGUCGACUCUGGAUUCAAAGCAGCAACUGCUUUUCUGAAUUGGGUUGGAAUAAAAGUAGAUUUUACAUUGUCUGAAAUUGAUGAUCUUUGCUCUGCUAGCAAGACGUUUCUGCCACUUUCUGAUAAGAUUGAUGUCGAUGCUCUCGAAGAUAAAUUAGGAUACAAGUUUGCCAAUAAAGGUUUGCUCAUUCAGGCCUUUGUCCAUCCAUCUUUCAACAAUCAUACGGGUGGCUGCUACCAGAGACUUGAAUUUCUUGGAGACGCCAUCUUAGAUUUUCUGAUUACAUCCUAUCUGUAUUCAGUAUAUCCCGACUUAAAACCUGGCCAAUUAACUGAUUUGAGGUCAGUAUCUGUGAACAACUCGUCGAUUGCUGAUGUAGCUGGACGGUGGUCCUUUCACAAAUUUAUCAUUUGUGAUUCGAGUGCUCUCCAUGAAGCAAUGACUGUUUAUACGAACACUAAUGGAGGAUCACUGACACAUAAUAAGAAUGUCGAGGAGAGAACUUGCCCAAAGGCCCUGGGUGAUUUGGUGGAGUCUUGUAUUGGCGCGAUAUAUCUUGACACCCGAUUUGAUUUGAACCGUGUUUGGAAGAUAAUGCUGUCGAUGCUGGAUGAGAUUAUCACAUUUUCAAAUCUGCAGUUCAAUCCUCUUAGAGACCUUUAUGAACUUUGCCAAUCUCAUAAUUUAGAGAUUCAAUUUUCUUCGUCGAAAAGAGAUGGUAAAUUCGAAGUUGAAGCUAAAGCAGAGAUAGGAGAUGUUCCUGCUACGGCUUCAGCCACCAACACGAGCAAAAGAGUCGCAGAAAGAAUGGCUGCAAGGCAACUAUUUGAACGCUUGAAGAGUCAAGGUUAUAAAUCCAAGUCGAAAUCAUUGGACGAAGUGCUGAGAACAAGCCGAAAGAGGGAAGCAGAAUUGAUCGGAUACAAUGAAAUGCCAUGUUAUGAAGCAGCUGUGUCGAGCAGAUUGGAAGCACUACGAAUUUCUCAAAGCAAUUGUGAUGUGAAAAUACAUUCUCUUAAUGAGAUACCUUCAGGUAAUCAAAACUCGGGUUCCAAAGCCUGCGCCACGCCAUCCAGUAGCAAUGGUAGUCCUAGAACGCGGGGAAUAGGCUCACCAUCAGCAAAAUCACGUUUGUACGAAGUAUGUGCCGUUAACUGCUGGAAGCCACCGAUUUUUGAAUGCUUCCAAGAAACCGGACCGAGCCACCUUAAGGAAUUCACAUUCAAGGUUAAUCUGGAAAUUGAGGAGCUCCCGAAGCAGUCAUUUGAGUUCUACGGGGAAGCUCAAACCCGGAAAAAGGUUGCUGCUGAGGAUGCCGCGGAAGGAGCUCUUUGGUUCUUGAAACAUGAAGGAUACAUAUGAAUAUGAAUAUGAUAUGGGAUCAGAAGAAACAUAAGUCUUCUCUUACCACCAUUUUUAAGGAAGUAUGUAUGUAUCUAUUUAUUUCAACUUUUGAUGGUUGGGUUGCAUUUCAUAUACUGGGAUUCUCUUGUUUUCUUAAUGACAUACAACUGCUCUUCUGCUCA